AUGAAGAGAACACUCGUCUUGCUCAGCACAGCGUUGCUCUGGCUGAUAGAUGGCGUAUCUGCCGCAGGAGGCAUUGAUGACGCCACGCCGUCGGAUAUCUGCUCGCAGACGUUAGAGGAGCUCCAGAACUUGCUGAUCAACCAGGACCAAGCAGACAACGGCGUGACAGGCAACACGCUCGUAACCAACGACUGCAAGGAGCUGGUGGACGCCGGCGUGAUGAACGCGCGCAGCGACGACGCCCAGAAGUCCCUGUGUGGCAACUCGUGCUACGACACCGUCAACGCCAAGUACAAGACGCUGCUGGACAACGACUGCUUCGCCAGCGACGACGCCGACGAGGAGGCCAGCGCCAAGCUCCAAGCCGCCUCGUACCAGAUCGCGUGCCAGACCAACUCGGACGGCGAAUACUGCGUCCCGCUGCUGGCGACUCUUGUUGACGAAGCCGGCACGUCCUUCUCCCUGUGCGACGACAUCGUGUCGAAGAUGGGCUGCUGCUUCCAGAGCUACCGCCAGUACAUGCUGCUCGGCACGCCCGCCAGUGUCGCCGCCAUGGACGACGCCCAGAAGGAGUGCGCCGACAGCGUCGGCGGCCUCGACUCCAUGUGCCCCUGCGCCUACAACGCCCACGCCUUCGCCAACACUACCUUCUGCUCCCAGCUCGUGUUCAAGGUCAGCGCUGCCGGCGAGGAGAUCGUGUACAUCGGGAGCACAGCCUGGGUUUCGGUGCAGGCGGCGACGCGCAUCCUCCAACAUCGAUACGCUCAGAAGAAGCACACCCAGUCGAGCGUGGUGAGCGGGGGAGCUACUCCGCCGCACACGCGAUGGAGGCAACGCGAUCCAGACCAAUGCUUCCCUCCUCGAGGCGGACAACCCAGCUCGAGUCGUCUCAUGCUGGAGGAGAUCCUCGAUUUCCUCGACAACCCCAUCAAGGAAGACACUCCCGUCGAGUGUCCGAUUCAACCCGAGCCAGGGCCCCUCGUGUACAGGUUCCCCGAUAUUAACACGAAGGGCCUGUACUUCCUACAACUGGCACCGCUGAAGAAGUUCACAGACGAAUUGGGGCAUUUCAUAUGCGGCAAGGUGGGAAUGAGUGACGAAGGGGGCAUGGGCCAUCGUAUUCAAGACGAGUCACACCAUAAUGAUCUGGGGUACUAUGGAUCCGCGCAGUGUCGAUGGUACCUGCCGUUUAAAGACUCGACGCCGCGGAAGAAUUUUAAACAGGUCUUAUGCAGGUCUGGUCUUUUUGGUCCGUAG